GACAGGCAUUGUUAUACAUGGUCUAACUGGUACAUAUCGGCUCCGGUAAAAGAACACUUUUUCGGUGCGCGGUGAUGCUGCCGAUGCUUAGCAGGGACAGGUGGUGGGCUGGUGGCAGAUCGAACAGGGGACGCACCAAAUCUUUUUUCCUUUCCCAAAUCCGAGUAUCACACCGAUCGAUCAUCUUCCAAACGCCGCCUUCUCCUUCCUUGUUUGUGCGGAUGGUUUCCAAAAAUGUUACCGCGUCUCCAAUCCAAACCCGGACCCGAGUUGAUCCGCCGCCGUCUCUUUCCUUGCAGAGACACAUGCAGAGAUCCUUAUAUUCCCCUUUCGCCGUUCGCUCUUGGCACCGUCGUCCCGUCGCACCGAGAGAGAAGCUCAAGAAAGAGAGAGAGACAGCACCCGCCGCCGCCGCCGCCGCCGUCGCGUUUUCUCCCCCUUGUUCAGAGCGCGACCAUGACGCAACCGCCGCGCUUGCCCUCCGUCGUUGAGCAAGCCACCAUGACGCUGCCGCCGCUCGGCAAGAAGACGAAGGGGCGGCAGCGCAGAGAGAACCGCCGGGUGGAGAAGAAGGAGUCCCGGCAGGUGACCUUCUCCAAGCGCAAGUCCGGGCUCUGGAAGAAGGCCGCGGAGCUCGCCGUGCUCUGCCGCGCCAGCCUCGCCAUCGUCGUCUUCUCCGAGGCCGGCAAGGCGUUCGCCUUCGGCAGCCCCUCCACCGACGCCGUCCUGGGCUGCGCCGACGCCCUCGCUCCUGUCACUGCUGCCGACGACGUGGAGUGGGAGGCCCUGGAGGCGCUGUGCCGGGAGACGGAGGCCAUGGGCGUGGAGGUCGCGGCGGAGGCCCAGCGGAUGAGCGCCGUCGGGAAGAAGGUGGUGGAGGUGCAGACGCAGGCGGGGAAGCGCUUCUGGUGGGAGGUGGACGUCGAGGCGCUUGGGGAGGCGGAGCUGCCCGUGUUCGCCAGGGCGCUCCAGCGCCUCCGGGAUAACGUGCGCCGCCACGCCGACAAGAUGCCCUCCGCUGCUCCACCGCUGCAGUAGUCCAGGGCAGGCCGAGCUUCGGUUAAUCGCCAUUGUUCUUGGAUCAUCUUUGAGCUUCGGUUAAUAGGCAUUGUUCUUCAAUCAUGUGUUUGAUUAGUUGCCAUUUGCUAGUAGUACUGCUGUGUAGUACUAGUAAGAUUAGUGGGAAUUAUUGUUCUCGAGUACCAUUGACAAGUUACUGGUUUCAAAAUUAAUAAGUUGUUUUCUUAA